AAGAAAGCCAAGAAGAGGAUCGAAGGUGCUAAUUCCAACGUCUUCUCCAUGUUCGAGCAGGCCCAGAUCCAGGAAUUCAAAGAGGCGUUCACCAUCAUGGACCAAAACCGGGACGGCUUCAUCGACAAGGCGGAUCUGAGAGAUACGUUUGCUGCGCUCGGGCGCCUGAAUGUGAAAAACGAGGAGAUUGACGAGAUGAUAAAGGAGGCGCCCGGCCCCAUCAACUUCACCGUGUUCCUCACCAUGUUUGGGGAGAAACUCAAGGGUGCUGACCCGGAGGAGACGAUCCUGAAUGCAUUCAAGGUGUUUGAUCCGGAGGGCAAAGGGCUGAAAUCCGCCUACAUCAAAGAAAUGCUGAUGACGCAGGGUGAGAGGUUUUCCCAGGAAGAGGUUGACCAGAUGUUCGCUGCCUUCCCUCCAGAUGUCUCUGGCAACCUCGAUUACAAAAACCUCGUCCAUGUCAUUACACAUGGUGAGGAGAAGGACUAG